AUGAUUACCGCCGAGGAGGAGGAGGACCUUCAAUGGGAGUUGGACCAAGGAGUCCCCCAAUUCGAGGACCCGUUUAUUCAGAAGUAUCUCAACGGACGCGAUGCUCUUAUUGACGAGGAACAUAAACAACGGCAUGAAAUUGCACAGGCUCAAUCACCAAAACCGUUGAACUACUACUCAUAUAUUUACUGCUCUAUCGCAGACUUCUCCUUUCGCAAAUCCAUGUCUGCCGUCGCUGCGGAGGCGUGCAGAAUCGUGUCUCGCAUCCGGGCCAAGGAGAUGAGGGAAGUAUGGAGUCAAAACUUGGACGAAGAUGACGACGUCGACGACCACCAGGCGGAUGAGAUCCUCUAUCCCGGAGUGAUGUUUAACAUCGCCAAGGGGCGGAUGGAGAGGACGAAGCUGUGGAAAAUAGUGGAGAAGAUGCCAAAAGGGGCCCUUCUUCACGCUCAUCUGGAUGCGAUGUUCGACCUGGAUUUCUUGAUUGAUCAAGCAUUCUCUACGCCGGGUAUCCACAUGAGCGCCUGCAAGCCGCUGGUGAGCGAGAAAGACCUCGAAGUGGCUCCAUUUACUUUCCAGUAUUCCUCAGCACCUCUGGCAGACUCAGACGGGAAGCAGUCGAUAUGGACCGAGGGAUACACGCCAUGCUCACUCAUCCAUAUCCAGAAAGCGGCAUCCACGUAUCCAAAGGGCGGCGAGCGGGGAUUCCGGGUGUGGUUGAAGAGCAGGAUGAUGAUCGCCGCGGAGCAUUCGUACUAUCAUCACCACGGCGUGGAUGCCAUUUGGAAAAUUUUCAAACGCAUAUUUCCCAUUAUUGACUCUUUACUGUUUUAUGAGCCGAUCUUCAGGCCCGGUUUCCGUCGCCUCUUAGCUGAGCUUGCCCGCGAUGGUAUCAGGUAUGUAGAGUUUAGGGUCGCAUUCGACUUUGAGUACCGUCGCGAAGGAAGUGAUAUCCCUGAAACGAACUACGUGGAAUUCUUUCGUGUCUUUAAAGAUGAAAUCGAGAAAUUCAAGAAUUCGGAGGAAGGGAGGGGUUUCUAUGGAGCAAGAAUGAUUUGGACCACUCUCCGCUCCCAUCCGAAUCGGAAGAUCGUUGAGAAUAUGAAGCAAUGCAUCUUUGCCAAGAAGGCCUAUCCAGAAAUGAUUUGCGGCUUCGAUUUGGUCGGACAGGAAGACGCUGGAAGGCCGCUGGUCGAUCUCGUCCCGGUCCUUUUCUGGUUUCGCAAGCUCUGCGCUGAAGAACAAGUUGAAAUCCCGUUCUUCUUCCAUGCGGGCGAAUGCCUUGGGGACGGCGACGCGACGGACCAUAACCUGUUCGAUGCCAUCCUCCUGGGAACAAGGCGGAUAGGACACGGAUAUUCUCUCUACAAGCACCCGCUGCUGAUCGACCUGGUCAAAGAGAAAAAGAUCUUGAUCGAAUGUUGUCCGAUCUCCAACGAGAUCCUGAGACUCACGAGUUCGAUCAAGUCGCAUUCCUUACCUGCUCUUUUGUCCCGAGGCGUGUCGGUCUCACUCUGCAACGACGAUCCAGCAGUCCUGGGCCACGGGAAGAACGGCCUCACGCAUGAUUUCUGGCAGGCGCUUCAGGGUCUGGAGAAUAUGGGGCUGGAAGGCCUGGCCACGAUGGCAGAAAACUCCAUCCGAUGGAGCUGCUUCGAGGACCAGACGGCGGCAGAUUGGAUCGCUGACAUUCGAAAGGGCAUCACAGGGAGCGGGCUCAAAGCCAAGUGUUUGCAGGAAUGGCAUUCGGAGUUUGAGAAGUUCUGUCAGUGGGUUGUCUUGGAAUUCGCCGGAGAAGUGGAUGACGACGAAGACGAGGAGCGGGAGGAAGGCUGGUAG